AUGCCAAACAUCUCUGAUGCCAACUUCUCUUGCUGCCAUGAGUCUGUACUGGGCUAUCGCUACGUGGUAGUUAUCUGGGGGAUAGUGGUGACAGUAACGGGCACUAUUGGCAAUGUGCUCACCCUACUGGCCUUGGCCAUCCAGCCCAAGCUCCGGACCCGCUUCAACCUGCUCAUAGCCAACCUCUCGUUGGCUGACCUGCUCUACUGCACCUUUCUGCAGCCCUUCUCGGUGGACACCUACCUGCACCUGAGGUGGCGCACCGGGAUCACCUUCUGCAGGAUCUUUGGGUUCCUCAUCACUACAUCCAAUUCUGUCUCCGUCCUCACCCUCUGCCUCAUUGCCCUGGGACGCUACCUCCUCACUGUGCACCCAAAUCUCUUCCCCCGAGUCUUCAGUGCCAAAGGAAUGGUGCUGGCAUUGGUGGGCACAUGGGUGGUGGGCAUAGCCAGCUUGGCUCCCUUCUGGCGUUUCUAUGUCUUGGUACCUGUGGUUUGCACCUGCAGCUUUGACCGUGACCACGGUCAGCCCUACAGCACCGUCCUCCUGAGCAUCUACUUUGUUCUUGGCCUCAGCAGCAUGGGCAUCUUCUACUGCCUCAUCCACCAUCAGGUGAAACGAGCGGCCCGGGCUCUGGACCAGUACAAGUUGCACCAGGCCAGCACUCACUCCAGUCAUGUGGAUGGGACAGAUGAGGCCAUACCUGGUUGCUUUGUGGACCAGGUGGUAUUAGGAGGCCUCAGAGAAGAGAUUUCAUCUGAGCCAGUCAGUAUUGUCACCGUUCAGAUGCAGGAAGGGAACUCAGCAGAAAUGGAAAAAGAGAGUCACAGCAAAAGAGCUAAGCAGACAGCAGAGAAAUCUUCUCCAGAAGCCAAGCCGAAGAAUAGAGCCCAAAAAGCACAGAACGCUCCCUCAGAAUUUGGGAACGUGACCCGGAUGUGUUUUGCUGUGUUCCUCUGCUUUGCUCUGAGCUUCAUACCUUUCUGGCUGAUCAACAUCCUGGAUACCAAGAGAAAGGCUCCCCGGAUUGCCUACAUGUUUGCUUCCAACCUCACCUGGCUUAAUAGUUGCAUCAAUCCUGUGCUUUAUGCAGCAAUGAACCGCCAGUUCCGUCAAGCCUAUAUCUCUGUUCUAAAAAGAGGGUCCCAGAGUUUUCGUCGACUUCGGUAG